AUGCCCAGCCUCCAAUGCAGGACGUGCCAGGCCAGCCACACAAACAGCACAUUGAAAUCAAACCGGUCGGAUUCGGACUGCCAGGAGAACAUGGUUGAGGCUGACUGCUCGGAGGUCCACAUCUACGGUCUCGGCGCUAAGGCUGCCGUUAACAUGAUUACCUCGUCUGCUGGCAAGAGCAUGGAUCCCGAGAAGCCUAACACAAGCAACUUCUGUUCGACCAUCGCCCUCUUCGAGCAGUCUGUCUAG